ACUAAAUCGAUUUCUCAUCAAAAAUUUCAAAAGUAAUCGUUGAAAAUGUCAUCAAAAGAUAUCUACGAAGAAGUGAGAAAUUCACGCGAUUUCACCGGAAAAGUGGUUUUAGUGACCGGUAGUAGUGGUGGUAUUGGGGGACAAAUAGUGAAACUAUUCUCGGCAUUGGGUGCUAGUGUUGUGGUCACCGGUAGGCGAGAGGACAGGAUAAAAGAAAUAGCCGAAGAAACUCAUGAAUUAUCACCAAAAAAGCUAAAACCAUUAGAAGUGGUGGCAGAUCUGGCAAAGGAUGCGGACGUCGAGCGUGUGUUCAAUGAGACGGUGAAGACAUUCAAUAGAUUGGAUGUAUUGGUGAACAACGCCGGCGUCUAUACGACGGCUAAUGUAACCGAUAAUGACUUUAUGGAUAUUCUCGAUAAGCUGGAGAGGGUUGACGUGAAGGCAUCCCUACAACUCAUACGACUGAGUGUCCCGUAUUUGCAAAAGACAAACGGAUCCAUAAUUAAUAUCGGAAGCACUAUAUCCGAGAGACCGCAAAAUUCUGGUUUGGCCUACGAUUUGGUGAAAACUUCUUUGACAAAGAUGUCUGAAGUAUUGGCCAUAGAGUUGGCUCCGCAGGGUAUACGAGUUAAUACUGUUAGUGCAGGUUUAGUUGAAUCGCAACAAGGAAUGGAGGAUUGGGUUAAGAAAUGUGCAAAAUAUACACCACUCGGAAGGAUAGGUCAACCCAUAGAUAUAGCCAAAGGUGUGGUAUUUCUGGCCUCAACUGACGCUCAGUUCAUAACCGGUCAUAAUCUGGUCAUUGAUGGCGGACUCAAGUAUAACAUGGACUCAAACUUCGUUAAUCCUAAUAUUAUAUAA